UUUCAUCCCUAGUCCCGUCCCCUUUCCGCUUUCCCCUUCCUCCUCGCCACCCGCCCCCGCCAACGGAGGAGGGCGGAGCGGAACUGAUCUCGCCGGUACCCCUUUCCUCUGCCGUCGGCCAAAGGUCUCCCGGAAUUUCCCACGCUGUUCCUGGUUUACUUCGUAUCUGAGAUUGCAAUUCACCGGCGCAGCAAGUUGCGGGAAACGAACAGGUCGAUCCUGCGAUUUGAUCUGGGUUCGUUCGCUCGAUUGGUUCCCUCUAUCGUUCCCCGGUGAAGCUCUUGUUGUUUCCUGGGUGGUUGAUUGCUUGCGCUGUGACGAUUUCGAUGUGGUGGAGCUGGGGAGAAGAACGUGUGCUUGUUACCCGUGCGGGUUAGCUGGAUGCAACUGGACCCUGCUCAGGAUGCAGUUGCUAAUCCAAUUGAUUUGUCAAUCGUUUGCUCAAGCCGUUACGUGAUUUUGGGCUUAAUUAGGAGUUGUUGGCAGCCGGGAUCUCAAACUCUGAAUUGGUGUGGACGAGUACUAGCUGUUACACGGCUGAUUCGAGGUGCUGACCAGCAGAAUAUGGCCAGGAUAAAGGAUUGGAGGAUUUGGAGUAAAAGUUUAGACUACAACCAUAUGUCCUGCUCUUUUAGAAAGCAAUAACUCUUAUGAUUUGUUGCUUUCUAUAAAAGCAGGGUCUGUGCCUCUAUUCUAAAUUUUUAGAGCUCAAUUUUGGGAAUUGGUGGUUCACUGCUGUGUUCCAAAGCUUCAGGUUUGUGUUGUAGCAUUCUUGAUUUUGUGCCUUAAUUAAGCCGCAAAACUGUAUAGUUACCCCGUUUGCUUGUUGAUUGAGCACUGGAGUUUUUAAUGUGUUGUGUGACCAGUGCCGACUCAUGCGUUGUCAACUGUGACGAGUUGCAAUGGCUAACCGACCAGCAUUCAUCCUUGAGAUUUCAGAGAAUUUUCCUUUAGCAUUUUUUGCUGGACAGUAUGCCUAUUUCUGCUUUAACUUUUUAGCAUCAUUCAGAUGUGUCCAUAAUGUAUAGUUUGAGAGAAUGUUAAAAUGCUAGUAAGAAAAGUAAAUCCAAGAACUAGCUAGGAUUUUUUUUUGGUGAGACCGAACUGGCUAGGAUUUUUAACUUGUGCUUGUAGCGUCUGCAAAAGAAUUAUUUUGGUCAGAGCUACAGCCAAUUUCACUCAGGGUAUCCGUGUCUAAUUUUUUUUCUUACGGAUUCGCUCUCCUUUUUGGUCCUCUUCACAUAAGAGGUAAGGGCUAACAAAAUAUCCAUUUUGUCUGCAGCUUAGGCAACUUCAGCUUCAUGAGUUCCGAAAAAACACUGGCAUCAUCUUAUUCAAUAGGGAACAGCAGCAUCUUCUUGCUCUGCCUCUUCGCUGCCUCUUCGCAGGAUACUUGGGAAUUCCUGGUGGAAACUUCCAUUUGAUCAGGGACUUUAUUCGCAGGGAGCCUACUUUAGAUUUUACUGUAGCAUAAAGUCUUUAGCUUCAGUCAGUGCAGAACCUUGUCCUGGGAGCCACCACCAUUGCCUGCCUAGGUCUUUGAAAGAUGGUUUCUUCUCAAACAUCCUCUCUGACUGCAACCCUUGAACAGGGUCCCAACCUCUGUCCGGCAAAAAUACUUCUCCCAAUGGGUCCCCUGGAUGUCGUCUCCACUGAAAAUGUCGAGUAUGAUUUCUCAGAUGUUUUCGGUUCCACCCCAGUCCAGACGCCAACAGGCCUUUGUGUUCUUUGUCCAGAAAGCCCUGAAGCUUUUGUCGAGUCCAAUGAAGAGGUUUACAAUGAUCCUGUUGUCAUCAUCAAGCGAUCCCAUUCUCUUGUUGGUCCAACAUCGCUUGUUAUCCGGCCCUUGCAGCUGAGCAAGCUUACUCUAGAAAAAACAGAGGGAUCAUCAGAACUUGUAACCUACCCCUUGGAAGAAAAGGAAAGGAAUCUAGGGCAGCUCAGUGAUGAAGAGUUUGAUAAUGCUACAACGGAGAAUGAGGGUGUUGGGCUUGAUGACUUCGAAAUCUUGAAGCUUGUUGGCCAAGGGGCAUUUGGCAAAGUAUUUCAGGUGAGAAAGAAAAGGACUUCAGAGAUAUAUGCAAUGAAAGUUAUGAGGAAGGAUAAAAUCCUGGAAAAUAACCAUGCCGAGUACAUGAAAGCUGAGAGAGAGAUAUUGACAAAAGUGGACCACCCUUUCAUAGUGCAGCUGAGGUACUCAUUUCAGACAAGAUAUCGACUUUACCUUGUCCUGGACUUCAUAAAUGGAGGGCAUCUCUUCUUCCAGCUCUACAAGCAAGGAUUAUUUAGGGAGGAACUUGCACGAAUCUAUACUGCAGAAAUUGUAUCUGCUGUCGCCCAUCUUCAUGCCAACGGAAUUAUGCAUAGAGAUCUCAAGCCCGAAAACAUCCUUCUUGGUGCUGAUGGCCAUGCCAUGCUCACUGACUUUGGCCUUGCAAAAGAGUUCCGUGAGGAUACCAGAUCCAACUCGAUGUGUGGUACUCUUGAGUAUAUGGCCCCGGAAAUUAUUCUCGGCCGGGGGCAUGAUAAGGCUGCGGACUGGUGGAGCGUGGGAAUUCUCCUCUUUGAAAUGCUUACGGGCAAGGCCCCAUAUGUUGGGAACAGGGACAAAGUUCAGCAGAAGAUUGUGAAAGAGAAACUGAAGCUUCCUCCGUUUUUGUCUAGCGAAGCUCAUUCCCUGUUGAAAGGCCUGCUGCACAAAGAAGCCAACAAGCGGCUGGGCAGCGGCCCCGGCGGCAGCGACGAGAUAAAGAACCAUAAGUGGUUCAAGCCGAUCAACUGGAGGAAGCUGGAGGCCCGGCAGAUGCAGCCGAGCUUCCGGCCGAACGUCGCAGGCCUGACCUGCAUUGCCAACUUCGACGAGUGCUGGACGAGGACGCCCGUGCUGGACUCCCCGGUGACCACCCCCGCCUCCGGCGGGCACAGCAACUUCGCGGGGUUCACCUACGUCAGGCCUGCGCCGAUCCUUGAGGUCGUAGAUCCAUCCAGCUCUAGGCUGGAGGGCUUGGAUGGUUAGCGCAUUGGAAAUGUGCGUGCAAUUUUGAUCGACUACAUGCACUUAAUUACGUGCGUCGUAUCUGCAGAGUCGUGUUCCAUUUUUCUUUUGUUUUCGAGCUAUGCAGAGUGUAUUGUUUUAGCCGAGCUGUGCAGAGUGUUGUUCUACAAGAGUGUAUCGUUUGUAUAGCAAAUGUGUACCAUUUGCAUGGUAACACAGUCCAGGAAUAAAUCAUGUAGUGCUCGGAAAUCCGCGUAAGGCGAAACACGGUAACGGCCGAAUUUGGGUGA